AUGGGAAAAGGAGUCCAGCUAAGGCCUAAGGUGAAUGUCUCUUCUUACAUCCACUUUUUGCUGAAUUACAGAAACAAAUUCAAGGAGCAGCAGCCAAAUACCUACGUUGGCUUUAAAGACUUCUCUAGAAAGUGCUCGGAGAAAUGGAGGUCCAUCUCAAAGCAUGAAAAGGCCAAAUACGAAGCUCUGGCCAAACUUGACAAAGCCCGAUACCAGGAAGAAAUGAUGCAUUACGAUGGUAAGAGGAAGAAAAGAAGAAAGAAGGACCCCCAGGCACCCAGACGACCCCCGUCAUCCUUCCUACUCUUCUGCAAAGAUCACUAUGCCCAGCUGAAGAGGGAGAAUCCCAACUGGUCCGUGGUGCAGGUGGCAAAGGCCUCAGGAAAGAUGUGGUCCCUAUCAACCAAUGCGGAAAAGCAACCAUAUGAAGAGAGAGCAGCUCUUCUGAGAGCUAAGUACCAAGAGGAACUCCAAAUCUACCGCAGACAAUGUAAUGCCAGGAAGAAGUGCCAGAUGUUGGCUAGGAAACAACGCAGAGGGAAGAGUGACUCGUGCAGAGCUUGAUGGAUGCAUUUCAAAAAAAUAAAAUGCCAUUCCACUGU